AUGUAUCAGACUGUUGACUCAACUGUUGCUGGUGACGAAGUAAGGUUUGAGGACUUCAGGGAGGUAAAGGAGAACAUGCAGCUCCUUGAGAAGAAGUUCCGAGAUCUAGAAGGAGACCACGUCUUUGGAUCUGCUGCCAAAGAAAUGUGUCUGGUGUCCGGGUUGGUGAUUCCAGCCAAAUUCAAAACUCCAGACUUCGACAAAUACAAGAGGCAUACUUGUCCAAAGAGCCAUCUCAUCAUGUAUUACCGCAAAAUGGCUGCAUACGUGGAGGACGACAAGCUGAUGAUCCACUGUUUUCAGGCCAACUUGAGUGGGGCUCCUUCCAAAUGGUACCUAAGUCUGGAUCAGAAUAGGAUCAGGUGUUUCCAAGAGCUGUCAGAGGCGUUCAUAAAGCACUAUAAAUACAACAUGGACAUGGCACCUGACAGAAGACAGUUGCAGAGCAUGUUCCAGCAGGAUAAGGAGUCCUUCAAAGAGUACGCUCAGAGAUGGAGGGAACUGGCUUCUCAGGUUGAACCACCUCUUGCUGAAAAAGAAUUGGUUGAAUUGUUUAUCGACACUGUCCAACCCCAAUUCUACGAGAAGAUGGUUGGAAGUGCUUCUUUGGGAUUCUCCGAGCUUGUUGCUAUAGGAGCUCGCGUUGAAUAUGGCGUAAGGAAUGGCAAACUGGCGGCUGUAGCUGGAACUUCAAAUGCUAAUCCAAAGAAGUUCUCUGGAGGGUUUCCUAGAAAGAAGGAAGGGGAAACAAAUGUUGUGACUGCUGGUCAAGGAAGAGCUCCUCCAAGAAGGAGACCACAACAAUAUCCACCUCAGUAG